AUGUUAUACAUUUACAGGUGAGUGUUCAGGUGACGUCACACACCUACACCCCAUCAGGGGUGUACAUAUAUAUAUACACAACGACAUUCACCUGCAGAAGCAAAGAAGAGUAAACCACACUGAAAUAAAGGACUCGGAGAGACCAGAGCCAUCGCAUAGCCUCUUUUUUGUGGACUCUAUCUAUAGGACAAACUGAAAGAUGUGUUCCGGAAGUUUUGCUAAAUGUUUGGGGAUAACCCUGUUACCUCUGUCCAUCCUGUGUGUCCUCUGUAAUAUUCUGCUGUUUUUCCCUGGAGGUAAAGUUGCUGAUAACACCGCCGACAUCACAGAUGAAGUCUUUUAUCUAGGAGGACUUCUGGGAUCUGGUGUACUGAUGAUUUUUCCUGCACUGGUCUUCCUGGGAAUGAAGAACAAUGACUGUUGUGGCUGCUGUGGGAAUGAAAGCUGCGGAAAACGAUUUGCGAUGUUCGGCUCUAUUAUCUUCGCUGCAGUUGGUGUUGUGGGUGCCGGUUACGCUGUGAUUGUAUCUGGUGUGGCCAUUAAUCACGGACCUAAAUGUUUCAUCAACGACCAAAAUGUUACGUACCCAUUUGAGAAUGGGAACUACUUGUCGAAUAAUUCGAUUUGGGAUCUAUGCGUGAAACCAUCAGGCAUUAUCACAUGGCACUUGACCCUGUUCUCUAUCCUGAUGGUGGCGAGUCUGAUCGAGAUUGGACUUUGUCUCUUUCAGGUGAUCAAUGGUUUGAUCGGUACUAUCUGCGGAGACUGCUGCGGCUGCUGUGGGGGCUCAGACUAAACUCCGAAUGGUCUUGGAUUUCUGACUCUUUAGUACAAAUCUACAUCAAAUCUGAAUCUGCAUCCAUUUAUCACCUCAUGAUUUGUAUUUAUACUGUCUGGAUGGGUUUUGCUUGUUUGUUUAUUGUUGUUGUUUUUUCUUCCAUGCCUGUUCAAAGUCUGCCUGAUGGCUGACAGCUUAUGAAGGCAAUAGAGAUGUUAUAUUGUUAAAUAAUGUUUAUAUAUAUAAUUGUGAAUAUGAUAUAGCCAUACAAUUUAUAAAUAUAUAGAGAUACAUAGAUAGAUAUUUAUUUAUUAAAAGGUUAAUGUUAUUUUCUAAAUAUUUUUAAUAAAUGAAAUAUUUGAUCAAUAAAUAACAGAUUUAUAUCUCAGGAAAUCAUUUAAAACGUCUUAUUGUCUU